CGAUCCUCUCGGUGCGCAUGUGCCCAUGCCACCCACUCCGCAUCCGCUCACACUAUCCGCCACUAGUGGCCUCGACGGAGGCAAUUCUCCAUGCCCAUGCCUCGUCAAGGGCGUGUGGCCCACCUACCACGGCGUACGUAUGUCGCCGUCCCUCUCCUCGCUGACGGUGCGUAGAAUAUAUAUAACAUCGCCGGCAAGUCCACAAUCCUGUGGCAUGGAUCAACGAUAAUAGUCAUGACCCACACUCACAUGGGCAUGGCUCAGUUAGCGAGGGUCCUAGCACGACCCACGCAUAUAAGCGUACAAAACUCAAGACAAUAUAAAAAUAAAGAAGGAUAAUGGGAAAUAUAUGCCUCCACAAGGGAGAUGACAGGAAUCCAAUACAAGUAUAGAUGCCAUCUGGUGGCUUUCGAGCCCGUCCCUCGGGGCGGCCUGCGCUGCAUUACACACGGGAGGUCCAGCUCGCGCAUCGGUUAGAUCCCGUUGUAAGACGCUCUCCGCUUGCAGGGUGCGGUCGGGCCCCACCGUCCCAAGGCUAGGGAAAGCCGGGUGGUAUUGGAGCCGGUGCCUUCGGGGCCGCGUGACCGCCCCCGGUGGACCCACCUUGGUCGACGGGUGAGCUAUGGAGAGUCGUGGGUCUGGCCUCUAGGUGGCGGCAAGGGCAUCGGUGGUUGCAGUGGCGGGGCCUAUAUGACCUCGCGCUGUGUCCCAGGCGUAAGUACGUGCCUUAGCUGCGAAACACGCCGGGUGGGCACCGGUUGUGGGCGGGCACGCAGCCGUUUUUGUUUUUUUAGCAGGUUCUAUAUCCCGGGGUUGGAAGACGACCCAUCUAUACGCACGGGUGGGAUCCGAGUGCGGAUGGGCUCGCAUUCCCCAGGUGCCGCAACACUGCGGCACCAGAAUUUUUUCCUCCCUCUCGCCUUCGGGCGAGGCUUUUUACUCCCCUCUAGGUUCUUCGAGUGGCUGUUGGAUUGCACCGCGCUGGCUCACAAUGAGCGAGCGAGGAUGCAGAUCGACGGAUGCAGGCGCCGCGUCGUCUGCGCCGACAGUCCGCCGAGCAAGCCUUCUGUUUCACCUCCAUUCACCGCUCUCGGUCGGCGAGCUGGCUUCUGUGUAGACCUCUGGGAGCCCUCGGGCGACGUUCGAAGCGGCCGUGGAGAUGCGAUGAUAGCCUUUAGCUGUACCAUCUUCUCAUAGUUCGUUUGGAAAUGAUCACAUCGCAUUUUGGCACAAA